AGUUAGACAUCCUCAGGGCUAACGAAUGCAAGCUCUGCCUGCAGGGCUGGUGGGGGAGACGAGAAGGGCAAGAGCUAGGACCAUGAGGAAAAUUCCGGAGUCCUUCGAGUCUACAUAAGCAGCAGUUGGAGAAGCUGGAGGACAGGACUUUUAGAGUAGAGAGGAUCCUCGGUUCAAAAGGCGAAAUUGGUCUUUGCGGGAAGAGGGGUGGGGUGGUAUUUGAAGCACGGAUGGGGGAAAUAACAGAUAAGAUGUUACCAUGGACUCACUUUCUGAGAUUUCCAGGUCAUGUCAUUCAAAAGGAAGGCAGGCAGGUAGGAAGGCCUGCUAAACAGAAAACAGCUGGGGGCGGGCGGCCCCCAGUGCCUGCUGUCCGUGGUGCUGAAGGCAGGCACCUCCAGGUUUUGGAUCCCACCAGAUGAUCUGCCUUCAGUUUCACACUCUUCGGAUCAGCUUACAACACUCCUGUGUUAGUCCAAGUUCUUCAGAAAGUUUGUAAGGCAACUUUGGUUAAAGAUGACUUCAUUGAUCGCUCAAGAAAUUCGCCUUUCUAAAAGACAUGAAGAAAUAAUAUCACAAAGACUAAUGUUACUUCAACAAAUGCAGAAUAAACUUGAAGGUCAAAACAAAGAAAAGGUAUCUCAGAUUCAAGCAGCUGAGGUUGCUUUUGAGAGGAAUCGUAGUCUUUUAAAGGAUAUAGAAGCAGCAGAAAGGUCUCUAAAAACCAGGAUUCACCCUCUUCUACCACCUGAGGUAGUUUCUCUUGAGACUCUUUACUGGGCAUCAGUAGAAGAAUGUAUUCCCAAAUGGGAACAGUUUCUUUUAGGAAAAUCACCAUAUCCCAUUGUUGCCGUAAAUCAAAAUGAGGCCGAAAAUCAAAAUGAGACUGAAAGUGCCGUUCAAAAGGAAGCACAGCGAUAACUUCUUCACAUGCUAUUGCAAAAAAAAAAAGAGAAAAAAAAACUCUGGUAAAGAUGAAUGCUAAAAAAUAUGCAGGUCCCUUCAGGAACUUUAGGAAUUGUCUAUAUUCAUUUUUGUCCUGUUGCCUCAAUGACAAUAGACACAUAUAGGCAAUCUU